GUUAAAACCAAACAUAUCUCACUUUAUUAUAUAUCAAUUUUUUUUGUAACAAAAUCCAUUAUCAAUCACAUAUAGAUCUUUUUUUUUUCUUGUUAGAAAAAUAUAUAUCAUCUUACUAGUUGUGUAAUUACUAAUUAAAGAUGGUGAAAGAUAGAAAAGUUGGCAUAGCUAUGGAUUUCUCAAAUAGUAGUAAGGCAGCUUUACAAUGGGCUAUUGAUAACUUGGCUGAUCACGGUGAUACUUUUUAUUUAAUUCAUGUCAAGACUCAUCCUGGCAAUGAAGCCAAGAAUCAACUCUGGGAAUCCACUGGUUCUCCGUUGAUUCCAUUGGUUGAGUUUCGUGAGCCAGAAGUGAUGAAAAAAUAUGAUGUCAAGAUGGAUAUUGAAGUUUUGGACAUGCUUGAUACGGUUACUAGACAAAAAGAGAUCCAUGUGGUUGCAAAGUUGUAUUGGGGAGAUGCAAGAGAGAAAUUGGUUGAAGCAAUUGAUGAUCUGAAAUUGGAUUCUUUGGUUAUGGGUAGUAGAGGACUUAGCACUCUCAAGAGGAUAAUAAUGGGAAGUGUCACAAGUUAUGUGAUGACAGCUGCACCUUGUGCUGUUACAAUUGUGAAGGACCCAGAAACAUUUCACAAGGCCUAAAUGAUAAUGUCUUUAUUAUAUUAUUCCCUAUGUUUUGUUCUUUUCUUUUCUUAUCUCAUUUGUUUGUUUUCCUACUUUUAUCUUGACAUAUGUCCUAUUUGGAAUAUGAUUAUGAUACGCAAUGUUUUGUAAAUCCUAUAAUAAAAUCACAACAGAAAGAAUUGGUGUGUU